CCCGCUCCGCGCCGCUCUCCCUCAGUCCCACAGUUCAGCUCCGGACGGCUGUGAGAGCAGCGGGGAGACGUCGAGGCUCCUGCAGGCUCACAGGACCGUCCGGGUCGUGUUUUCCGUCUCUAAUCCUCCUCAUCCUCGUUACCACGGCGCAGCCACUGAUUCUUGGCUCCUUCAUCCAACAUUUACGCGCCUGUAAUGUCGUCAGGAAACAUCUUCCGACUCGUUUCCUUUCUCGCAGGACAUUUUAGGCUGUUGUACUCUGCAGCUGUGUCGUUUUGAUUUCACUUUUGGACGUACACCCAAAAAAAAUCGACGCGUAAAAGUCCGUCUUUAUUCGUGCGUAAAAGCUCGUCAAUGAAUGACGCGUUGAGCGUUCCGUCAGUGAGAGCUGGGUAAGUUUUCAGACGCGCCGGUUUGCUCCUGUCAGGCGGAGACUUUGGCCAUCUGAGUGAACCUGUUGGAUUAUAGAAAACCUCAAUCUGUCACUUUCAGGGAGGACAAGUUUUGGAGAGUCCGGCGGAUUUUUUGUUCGUUUUUUUUUUUUUUUUUUGCGCCUUUUUGCGCCUUUUUGAUCCCGAAGCCCUUCCUGUGGUGAUUACAUGGUCGGAACAAUGUUUUUAUGCAACACGAGUGCCAUUAAGGACUGGAGCUACUUCCUCUCUCAGAUAUUGCCUCUGAUGAAUAAAACUAGCGGCUUGGUGAACAUGAACAAAGCGGAGGAUGUGACGACCACCAUGGUGACGGCUCUGCAGCCGGACAGCGCCAUGAGCGCGAGUAACCCGCCUCUCAACUCCAACCACACCUCGGGCAUGGAGCACGUCUUCCAGUACUCGUACUCGGAGAGUGACCUGCUGUACACGGACUACCGGACCCCGGCACGGGACUCCAUCCCGCUGCCCAAAGCGGUUCUGUACCUGGUGAUGGCGGCGCUGGUGGUGGUGGCGGUGGCGUACGCGAUAGUUGGACACCUGGUCAAGGAUGUGGUUAAUGACUUUGUCGGUGGAGGCAGGUCCAUCGUUGCCGAGGGUGAUGGCGGUGACGCCAGUGAACCAGAAUGGGUGUACAGCUCCCGUCGACUUAACAAUCGCAACAAGACCGAGGUCAACUGCAUCACCAACAACAUGAACGAGAUGAGCGAGCUGAGCGAGAGGCCUCGGCCGGUGGACAUGAGCUACAUAUCCCUGAACCACACCAACUGCCUGAGCCCCAGCAGACCAGAGGAGGUGGUGGUCACCGUGGACGAGACGUUGCAGCAGCGACCUCCCGACACUCACUCUGGGACUUAACCGUGACCUGCCGACCUUCUCUGGGAGAAAUACAGCAGCAUGUUUGCUCGCGUUUCUUGUUCAAGUGGAUUUAAAAGUCUUUCAUGAAUCAAAGCUCUAUCCACUGUUUUAUCACCUGCAGGUGGGCCGUCAUACCUGUGUAAUGUUGGGCCUGUGCUGGAACAUUGGAGGCAUCAGACGCUGAUGUUUGGAUCAGACUGGGCUCCUCUCUGUGGAGCUGAGGACAGAGGACGGCUGCAGCUUUGUUUUUUGGGGAAAAUCUUGUUAUUUUUCAUUUUCGUCCUCAUUGUCCUGCCCACACUUCCUUUUUUCUAAGUGACCCGUUGUGAAAACUCUGUUAACGUGACUCAUGCAGUUCACUGUAACCACAAGCAGUAUGUAAUCACUCUGAAUAUACAACACUCGCCUGUCAGUGCUUAUUGUAAUAUUGCUGCUAGCAAAGUCAAACACGUCACCUUUAUGAAAACACAAAUCACAUCGACAACUUUUCAUUUUCCUCGCUGCAGUGAGAACAUUUUCUUUUUGUUGUAAUUGUUGUAAAAUGUGUAUGAAGCACCUUAAAUGACUGAGAGGCUGCAGAUGUUCACACCUCCUUCUCUUUCUGUAAUAAUGCUGUUAUAGUUACUGGAGGCAAAAAAAAAAAAACAAGUUCACAACACAGAGAUCAGAUUAAAGUGUUUUGUAGUUUCAUGUUAUUAGCUUGAUAUGAAGAAGUGCUGAAUCACCUUUAAGAGCUCUGGUUACACCUGAUUGCAAAAAAUCUAACACAAAAGUGUGAAAGCCAUCGUUGUUAUGUAAAAAAUAUUAAGCUCAGUUGUGGAAGGUUUGUAAUUUCACAGUGUUCUGGUUUAAUGUCCCCACAUGACGUCACCUCUGAAGCAAAAACUGCUCAUUGCUUGUUCAUUUUUCUAAUGUUUAAUAUUUCAUGUGAAAUGGCUUUUUUUUAAUCAAAGCCUUUGUUUACCGUUAUUACCUCACUGUUAAGGGCUACGUACUGCUGCUGAAGGGUCUGUGACACCCGGAGCUACGACUGACGGGGCUUAUCUUACUGUGCAUGCUGUGAUCAUUACAACCUCUGUAAACUGCUACUGACGUAUGAACCAAACAUUUGUAUCUCAUCUCGCGCACAUGUUCGAGGUGAGUUAGGGUAAAGUGGUGCUUGAAUACAGAUGGGACUUCUUUAAGGGCAGUAUUGUAAAAUGGUGUUUCACCCUGCAGCAGUGAUCAUUUCCCAGAUGUUAAAUGUAAAGACUCAGAAUCUGAACCUGCAAAAAAAAAAAAACCAACAACCUAAUUUUCAUUUUCACCACCUUCACCGUCACUAUAUUCCUUUUCAAGUCACCUAAUAAAUAUUCAUAGAUGAACGU